AUGUCCGGUUCAAUUGAGCCUUAUUCGCUCUUCGGCGAAAGACCUAACGCAAAGACGGGACAGUCGCUACUGUUCGGGUACAACCUGCUUUACCCCGGAAGUAGGGACAACCCCACUCUCCAGUGCCAAGAAUACCAUGAACAACUCAGGACUCAGGACCGCCGCCAGGGAACAUCAGAACGCCUAUCGACGGAGGACAGCCCUAAGCGACCGACGGAGAUGGAAGAAGCGGCUGCUCCAACCGAGGGUGAAGACACCGCCACCGACACCGACGAGCAACACCUUCCAGGGAUUGCCAGUCGACGUCGAAAUAGCCAGCGAUACUAUAAGCGAAAUCGGACGUUCGGCUUCGCAAAAUCGAUCAUCGUUGCCAAAGCGAAAGCAUGUCCCACCAGUCGUCAUUGGGAGAAGCACCGGUGGACAACACUAGCAGGCUUGCUAGCGAGAAGCAACAUAAAAUUCCUGAAGGCCAGGAAUAUAGCAGACGGUAUAAGCGUCCAUCCCGAAACCGCAAUGGACUACAAGAACAUGAAGCAGCUGCUGGUUCGUGAGAAAGUCGAGUAUCACACGUACCUGCUUCAAGAGGACAAGCCGCUGAAGGUAGUACUUCGCGGUAUCCCGACAGACAUCCAGGCUGCGGAUGUCUCAGAAGACUUGAAGGCGCAGGGCUUUAACGUUGAAAACGUCGUCAGGAUGACUAGCGCUAAGACGAAGACACCUAUACCGCUCGUCUUGGUCAUCCUACCUAAAGACGACAAAAGACCACCAUCGGCCAGUGCCACCGAUGUCAAACGCUUCGGGCACGCUCAGAGAAACUGCACGGCAACCGCCCGCUGUGUAAAGUACGGAGUUCGCAUCGAGCAGCCGAACCGAUCGGUUGUGCGAUGUCCGAGAGCCAGCGUAGUGCCACGCCCAUCGGGCCGAGUGAACACGAACGAGUUCGGUCGAACUCGUUCGUCAGUUGUGCUAGUGAAGCGAGUGCGAUGGAGUGCAGCUCCGAGUCCGGGAAACGGAAAAAAACGACUCCGUGGUGUGACGACGAGCCUGAGUGUGUUAGUGCCGCGGAAAUUAAAAAAAUGCGACGUAGGGACAGCGGAGAGACAUGCCGAACAUAUGAUUAUUCGGGAGUUGGUACCUUUGAAGGCGGAGACCAUUAAAGUUGCUGACCGGCGGACAAUUCGGGAUACGGCGGACCAGCUGAUGGAGGAGCUCGUCCAAAUGGCAGGAGUUGUGAAGGAACUUCGCCAUACCAUCGAAAGGAAAGACGCGGAAGUGAAAGAGGUCAAGGAAAACUCCGCCAAAACUGAAACAGCUAAAAAGUACAGACUUUUUGCUGAUCUACCACGCGACAACGACAUUAUUGAUGUACAACUCCAGGACCGACAGCUCGAACGACGUGUCAACCUAGCGGACACUACGCAUCCGGCGGACAUGGACAAUUUCCGGUUUACGGAAGGAGUCCAAAAUGCAUACGAGACUGUCUGCUAUACGGAUGGAUCGAGAUUGGACGACGGACGAGCUGGAGGAUCUUUCAUACUCUACCACGGCGAUACGGAAAUUCAUCGGGAAAAUUUCACCCUCGCGGAAAAUAGUACUAUCUUUCAGUGCGAAAUGGUAGCACUACGACAAGCAGUAACACAUCUACAGGGGCAAACGGACAUAAUCAAGGAGUGCUCCAUCGUGACGGACAGCCUGUCUGUUUUGACGGCUCUUCGCAAUAUGAAACAACCGACCGCUUUACAACUGGAGACGUGGGAACUCGCGGUCAGCUUGGCCGCCGAAAUUUCCCUACGUUUCCACUGGACACCGUCGCAUUCUGGUAAUGCGAAAAACGACGCUGCGGAUGAAUUUGCGAAGGCCGCCGCCACUGACCAGGCGACAGCACCCAUCUACGACCUGGUGCCCAGAGCAGUCGUUAAACGACGAUUGCGUACUUUAUCUCUGGAGGCUUGGAAGGAACGAUGGAGGACUGCUACAACCGGAAGGACUACGGCGAGCUUCUUACCGGAACCCUGUUACGACAGGAAGAUCACCGGGAAUUUCGACUUCUACAUGGUUCAACUGAUGACAGGACACGGGAAUUUUAAAUCAUAUCUGAAGCGUAUCGGCAAAAUCGAGGACGACAUUUGCGAAUGCGGUGGCACCGAUACGGCGGAACACGUCCUGUUCGAGUGCGACUUAGUUGAACAACAUCGCGGCGCCGCCGACCGGGCCCUCGCGAUUCACGGCUUAAGGUGGCCGACCAACUAUCGGGAGGUCACACAGCUGUGGAACGAAAGGGACUGGUGGGACGCAUUUCGGACAUUUUCGGGUCGUGUCGAAAAAUUAAAAGUUGACAAUUAAAAUGCCCUUGUGUUGUGC